UCCUGCUCCACACAGUCUACACCACAUGUCCAUGAAGCUCUUUGAAGUCUUCGAAACAGGAGGCGCUUCUGAUGCUGUAGGCUGAUAUACGUCGGUGUUUGUGCAAGUUCCUGCCUACUGCUUCCUCCCUGUAGAGGAAAAAAAAAAAACUACUACUACUUGACAAGAAAAGCUGAGGUUGGAUGUUAACAACGACAGACAAAGUAUCUGUAGGACCAAAAAUCGGACAGGCCAUCACGGCAGGUCUGCAAGCAGAACGCGUUUUUUAAUCAUGGUUGAAAACGGCUUUGCAAAGCCUCUUGGGUUAGUUUUAAUUGUCACAGCUCACGUGGUUUUCUAUGACCCCAGCCAUGCAGAUGUCAUUGGGAUCGUCGGCCAAAACAUCUCGCUUCACUUCAAAUUUAACACUACCGUCACAGAUAAGAGUCACAUUGCUGUCUAUAAAUGUUUAGAAAAGGAAAUAAAAAUCUCUGAAUAUCCAAAUUACAAAAAUGAAUUUAAGAUUCACCCUGAAGAUUCUUCCAUACAGUUUCACAUCACCAAUCUGAGCCUAAACCACAGUGAAACUUACUGGGCCAUUUUGGUCGUAGAUUUAAUUAAAACACAUAGCAAAAAUGAAGUGAAGCUGAUUGUUCAAGAGGACAACCUAACCACCACAGUUCCUCCAGAGACGAGCACCUUCACCAAAACAACUAGCAAUGGAAGUUCCAGUUUCUUUUCCUCUCAGAUUGUCACAGUUAUUGUGGUUUCUCCAUUUCUUCUGCUGGCUGCAUUGCUUCCAUUCUUGGUCAUCUGUCUUCCAAAAGCAAAAGACCAAACACAAGAAGGACCACAGAGAUCCUCAACUCCUACAACACAGGAAACAGUUGAAGUGUCAAUUAGCACGACUGACCAGUCACUGGUCUACAGCGUCCUGGACUUCCCAAAGAGACCCUCAUCAGCUGUGGAGUUGGGCUCCAAUGAGACAGAGUACGCCACAGUCAGCUACCUUCCAGAAAAGAAGCUGAGGCCCAACGCCAAUAAAUGAACGAGUGUAAAUCUUCAGAUCCUUUCCAAUUUCUGUAAAAGACUUUAAUACCCCAGAAUCUAAUAAUAUAUUUCUUGCAUGUAUGAUAAAUUGUGCUUUGACUGUUUUUACACAUUUUGAAAUAUUAGUCAGGGGAACCAGUUUUUAUAUGAAAGACAUCACCGUGUGUGUGGGGUGAUCAGCACACAUAAAUGCCAGGAGUUACUGUGACAAACCACAAAUAUCAACCUCACCCAACUAUUUCCUCGAACCAAAUAGUUUUAUUUCUGGUGAAACUGGCAAAAUUUGAUCUUUACUUUAUUGUUAUCAGAAACUAGCUCAACUAGAAAUAUGCUUGAAAUAAUGUUAAUGCGUCAAAAUGCCGUUCUUUAUAUGACUGAUGAAAUAUCGGCCACUCUAUGCGGAAACAGACACAUUUGCUGGGAGCCGGAGAACAAAGUAAAAAAAAAAAAUAAAUAAAAUAAACACAUUUAGAAAWUCAGCUGUUAUUGCAGAAACAUAACCCUGAAAAGAUUAGAAACCUUAAAAUAAUAAACAUUGAGAAAAAUCWAUUUAGAAUCUUUGUUCAAUAGGAGGUUGGGAUCCCAAUUUAAGAAAUUAAUAGCACAACUGUUGACACAACAAUACUUUAUACAGAACCCCUCUUUUACCGAUAGCAUUUAGUACUCUCCUAUAAAAUUUCACAAAGUAAAAACAUGCAGGAAUAGGGACCUUUGACCUUUUACAUCUGCACAGUUUGUCUCUAAAUAAUACAGAUUCUUGAGCGUCUCUUCAGUUCACCGGACAGGCUUUCAGUGAUAUUUAAGACUGAAAAAACCCUGGAAGAAGGUUGAUUUUGUGUCUGUUUAACGAUUUCUGUCGUGAUUCAGUCAUAUGUUUUCAAAAAUGUUUCUAGUAAAAGAACUGCUUCAGCAUUCUGGCAGAGUCCACCAGAUAUUUAUUGAUAGCUUCUUGUACAGGAGUCCGGUGUGUUGGAGCAGGGAUCCAUUCAAAUGUUGUAAGACAGCAGCACUAGCAGACUGGAGUUUCUGACUGUAUCGUCUCUGGCGUUGGCAAUUAUUACUAAGUGUUUAUAACGUCUUGCACUCUUGCURCAUGUUCCAAGCUUCUGGAGGAAAAACAAACACACAGCAUCCCUCAUCAUCCAUCGUGCUUCUCCUUGUAUUCAUUGGCAGUAAGUGCUCGGCUUGGAGUGGCUCAGUCUUAUCGGACAGAGUUCCCCUUAAAGCUCCUGCUGCGUUWGGCAAAAACAUGUUUGUGUUUUCUGACGUCACUUGCAGAUAAAGGAAUAACACAUAGAUAACAUCUUGUGGGUAUCUGGGCGAUGUCUUUGCUACAGYUCUGAAUCAGUGCAGCUCUGAAAUAAGAGCUUUACUUCUAUGGGCAUGUUCUCUUGUUUGCAUUUGUAAGCGUCACCAAGAUYUGGGCUUCUUGGUCGUGUCAUAUGCAUACCCCGAAAAAUAAGAAGACAUGGAGGAGAGAUUAMAUUUUCUAAGAAAAUCUAUUUGAGUUUAUUUUCACAC